AUGUAUUGCAUACACUGUGAAGGAAGGUCGUACACGUCAAGUUCAACGAUUGCUGAGGAGCAGCGCAUCUUUGUAGUUGCCCGUGAGCUGAGUCGGGUUGUACGCAACCGGUAUGGGGUUAUAUCUGUGAUGUCUUUAGUUACUGUGCAGAUAACCCAAUAUAUAAUCGAUAAUACUGAGCUGCCUGUGUCGACAUAUGAUCCCUUUGACGGUGCUCACGGCUCCUUGGGCUACUGGAUUAUGUACUUCUAUCAAUGUGUUGCCAUGUCCAUGGCCUGCUUCUUCAAUAUAUCCUUCGAUUCGCUAUGCUGCUCCCUGUUCAUUUUCGUGAGAUGCCAACUGGAUAUUUUGGCAUUGCGACUGCAAAGCAUCGGACACAAUUGCAACGGUGUUGAGGAAAGUGUGGAAGAAGUGGAGCAUCAGCUGAAGAACUGCAUCCGUUUGCAUAUGAAGAUUGUAGAACUGGCUGCGGAUAUUGAGGCUGUGCUCUAUCUGCCUAUGUCAAUACAAAUAAUGUUCUCCGUGCUGGUUCUUACAUCUGGCUUUUAUGCCAUUUCACUGCUUUCAGAUGAGAAAUUGAUAUUCCUAAAAUUCUUCAUUUACCAAAGUUGCAUGCUGACGCAGGUCUUCGUAUUAUGUUACUUUCCGGGAGAGGUCGCACAGCGCAGCUUGAAACUGUCCCAUGGUCUGUAUAAGUCCAAUUGGGUGCACUGGCAGCGCAGCAAUCGACGCCUGCUGCUGAUGCUAAUGCAACGUCUGGAUAUACCCAUACGGAUCAGGACCCUGGAUGCCAGCCUUGGUUUUGACUUGGCGCUAUUCACUUCGCUUACAGCCAGUUUUUACAAGUAUCAAGUGUGGUAUCUCAAGUUGUUGGGCGUGUGGAGCUUGCAGGAUUACGCCACUAGGCAGCAACGUGUGUGGCAUGCACUGCGCUGUGGACUCAUCUUUGUGAUUGUGUCCAUAAUGCUGUUGUUCUUCGCAAUACACGUGCUGGCCAAUAUUGAUCAGAUAAGCGUUAUACUUGAGGUGUUCUUCAUGUUCGCCACUGAGCUGUUCUGCAUGACCAAGCUGCUAAGCAUUAAGCUGAAAUCUGCCAACCAUGCCAGGAUCCUAACGCUGAUGCAUUCCACUGCCUUUCAGCCGAUAUCUUCCAGGGAAUACCAGAUUUAUAUGCGCGGCGCUGCUCAUUCGGUCAAGUGGCGAAAUAUAUAUGCCUUUACUUCGUUGCUGGCAGCUUCUUUAAUACUAGUCACGCAGUGGUUUGUGGACAGCAGCGCCCUGCCUCUGUCCAUGUACGAGCCGUGCAAUCUGGCUAGGGACAGCUGCUACUACGGCUUCUAUUUGUAUCAGGUGCUGUCGCUGAUGCCAUCCUGUUGGCUAAACAUCUCCUUCGAUUCGGUGUGCGGCUCACUGCUCUUCUUCCUGGAGACGCAGGUGGCCAUGUUGUCCGCUCGUCUGCAGAGCUUGGGCGCCGCUAAGACCCCGCCGGAUAACGUGGGCGUUGCGAUGGAGUUGCGUGAUUGCUGCCUGUAUUAUGGGAACAUUGUGAAGCUGAAGGAGAUGGUAGUUAAUCUUAUCAGGGUACCUGGUUCGGUGCAGAUGCUCUGCUCGGUGCUGGUGCUCGUCUCGAAUUUCUAUGCCCUUUCCAUUCGGACGAGCGAAACGGCAUUCAUGAUAAUGUUGGGCUCGUAUCAGUUUGUCAUGCUCAUGCAAAUCUUCAUAAUAUGCUAUGCAGCUGACGAGAUGAGCGGUCAAAGCGCACUACUCUCCCAUGCGCUGUACAGCUCGGAGUGGACCACCUGGAACAGGACCAAUCGCAAGAUGUGUCUCUUAAUGAUGUUGCGCCUAAGUAAGCCGCUGGAGGUGCACACCUUAGACCACACACAGAGCUUUAAUUCCCUGACCUUUGCAUCUAUUGUGAACUGCUCCUACAGCUAUUUUGCGCUGCUCAAGCGGGUCAACAGUUAAAUUUGGCGCCAAUAGACAACAUACGUACUUGGCUUCAGCACGCCCGACACGCACUGACUGCAACGCCUAUCGAUGAUCGAUAAACGAU